GAGAACGUCGCAGCUUUUCACAGUACUCUAAUGCUGGUUUGUUUUCGUAGCCGGAUCCAAAUCCCAACCCGAACCAACUCGUUAUAUUCAAUCCCCAAAUCUCUCCCCUCAGAAACCCCAAACGCUUCAAAAACCCUAAUGGCAGCGCCAGGAACCCAAUUGAAAUCCAAGCGACCCACUUGCCCGUCUUGCUCCAAACCCGCAAGUCUCUGUAUCUGCAUUCGGAUCCAGAACCCGGGUCUUCAAAACAAGGUAAACAUCACCAUUCUCCAACACAGUCUAGAGAGAAAACACGCUCUUAAUUCUGCAAGAAUCGCAAGAGUAGGGCUUCAAAAUGUCACUUUGAGCACUGUUUCUGAUGUUAAAUUCGAUGCCAAGUUCAUGAUCCAUUUGUUUGACCCGGGCCAUGAUUCGGGCUCGGGUCAAAAUGGAGAAAAAAGUUCAGAUUUUUAUCAAGUGAUGGAUGAUAAAGCUGAUGAAUUCGAUGCCAGUCAUGUAACUAAAGGUAGUAAAGAGCCCGUGAUUACUUGUAGUAUAGGUAAAUAUGGAAUUGUUACUGAUAUUAGUAUUGGUAAUGUAUGGAUGCCUCAUGUUCAGUGGAAAAGAAGGCUAAGUUUUGAUAAGAUUUUGGCCUCAAAAGUGGCUGUUGAUGAUUUGGCAACAGGGUUUGUUGUUAAAAAGUUGCAAAAGAGAAGGGUUGGUGGGAGUGAAGAAUUGGAAGAGGUAGAAGAGUUUGAAGUUGCGGUGCCUCCAGGGUCAGUGCUUUUAUUUCCUAGCAAGAACGCAUUGGAUGUUGAUGGUCUUAAAGCAAUGGAUAUUGAAGCGAAGAAUUUGAUUGUUUUAGAUGGGACGUGGUCAAAGGCAAGGAGAAUGUAUUGUGAGAAUCCGUGGUUGAGGUUCUUGCCGCAUUUGAAGUUGGACUUGGAUAGGUUGAGUUUGUAUAGUGAGGUUAGGCAACAACCAAAAGCUGGUUAUUUGUCUACUAUUGAGAGCAUUGUUUAUGCGCUGGAGGAAAUAGGGGAUUAUCCUGAAGGCUUGGAUAGUCUAUUGGGUGUUUUUGAGUCGAUGGUUGGUGAUCAAAGAAGAUGUAAAAAUGAGAGGCUGAGCAAGCUCCCUUCUGCAUAAUCAUUCUACUUGCUAUUGUAAUUUUAUCUUAUUUAUGCAAUACCAUUUUAAUAUGGAGGUAACUUCAUUGACUUGCGAACCUCAAAACACAUUGCUUGCAUCCAGAUGGGACUUGGGAUGCUUCAUCUUAUAAAUUAUCUUUCUUGAAUUAUGUUGUUGACUCAUGCA